UCUGUCCCCAUCUCGACAGGACCCCGUGACCUUUGAUGACGUGGUCGUGUACUUCUCCCGGGAGGAGUGGGGGCUCCUGGACGAGGCUCAGAGACGCCUGUACCACAAGGUGAUGCUGGAGAACUUGGCACUUGUAUCCUCUCUGGGUGGCUGCUGUGGAGCAGAGGAUGCACAAGCAAACUGUGAACAGAGUGUUUCUGGAGGAGGGUCACCAUCCAGCCCCUCCAAGGCAGCUCUGUCUUUGCUGAAGACCCACUUCUGUGAGAGCUGUGGUCCUGUCUUGAGAGUCAUAUUCCAUUUGGCUGAGCACCAAGGAACACCACACAGCCAGAACGUGGUCAGGUGUGGGGAAUGUAGGAAGGAAUUCUAUUUGGGCGCAAACCUCCAAACACACGGGAAAGAGAGAAAAGCUUCUUUCACCUGCGGAGAAUGUAAGAACGCCUUCAGUCUGAGAGACACACAUGCUCAGGACCAAGAUGUUCGCACUGCAAAACAGUGUUUUAUGUGCAGUGCAUGUGGGAAGACAUUCUGGGAUCAGUCCUCAUUCGCUGUUCACCAGAGAGUGCAUCCAGGUAAAAGCCUUCACGUGUGUGGCCAGUGUGGCCAGUCCUUUAGGCGAACCUCAACCCUCAGUCAGCAUCGAAGAUUUCAUUGUGGGCCAAGGCAGUACAAGUGCGGCAAAUGUGGGAAGUCCUUUCACCCAAAAUCUGUGCUCAUUUAUCCCUGGAGAAGUCACGCUGGGGAAAAAUGUGACUUGUGCCGUGAAUGUGCACCAUCUUUUAGCGAGAGAUGCAUCCUCAUUCGACAACGGACUGUUCACUCUGGGGAAAGGCGUUACGAGUGCAUGCAAUGUGGGGAGUCCUUUAGAAGAAAAUUUUACCUCAUUCUGCAUUGGAGAGUUCACACUGGAGAAAGGCCCCAUGAAUGCCGUGGGUGUGGGAAAUCUUUCACCAGGAGAUCAGUCCUUACUCUACACCGGAGAGCGCACACAGGAGAAAGGCCUUUUCGGUGCAGCAAAUGUAGGAGAACCUUUACCGGUAGUUCCAUACUCAUUCUACACCAGAGAGUACACACAGGAAAAAGGCCUUAUGAGUGCAGUGAAUGUUGGAAAUCCUUUAGCCAACAAUCUUACCUCAGUCAACACCAGAUAGUUCACAGUGGAAGACAGUCUUAUGAAUGUAAUGAAUGUGGGAAAGCUUUUCUCUCUCACCGUGGCCUUAGUUACCAUCUGAGAGUUCACUCUGGAAAAAGGCCUUAUCAGUGCAGUGACUGUGACAAAUCUUUCACCUCACAAUCGGGCCUGCGUUACCAUCUGAGAGUUCACACUGGAAAAAGACCAUAUCAGUGCCGUGAAUGUGGGAAAUCUUUCUUAUAUGGUUCCUACCUCAGUAUUCAUCAGAGAGUGCACACAGGAGAAAGACCUUAUCAGUGCAGUGAAUGUGGUAAAUCCUUUCUCCGAAGACAUCACUUUCUUACACACCAGAGAAUUCACACAGGAGAAAGGCCUUAUCAGUGCAGCGAAUGUGGGAAAUCUUUUACAUCUGGUAACAACCUAAGUAAUCAUCAGAGAGUACACACAAAAGAAAGACCUUAUCAGUGCAGUGAAUGUGGUAAAUCCUUUCUCCGAAGACAUCACUUUCUUGCACACCAGAGAAUUCACACAAAGGAAAGACCUCAUCCGUGCAGUGAAUGUGGGAAAUCUUUUAUCCUAAGACAGCACCUCCUUGUACACCAGAGAGUUCAUGCAGGUCAAAGGCCUUAUCAGUGCAGUGAAUGUGGGAAAUCUUAUUGUUCAAAGUUCAACCUCAUUCAACAUCAGAGAGUUCACACAGGAGAAAGGCCCUAUGAGUGUAGUGAAUGUGGGAAACGUUUCACCUCAAGCUCUGUCUUCAAUUAUCAUAAGAAAGUUCACUCUGGAGAAAGGCCUUAUCAGUGCAGCGACUGUGGGAAAUCUUUUUUCUCAAGUUCCAACCUCAAUACUCAUAAGAGAGCACACACAGGAGAAAGACCCUAUGAGUGUAGCGACUGCGGGAGGUCCUUUUUCCGAAGUUCCCACCUUCAUACACACCAGAGAGUUCACACAGGAGAGAGGCAUCAGUGCGAUGAAUGUGGGAAAUCUUUUGCAUCCGCUUUCAAUCUCAGAAAUCAUCAGAGAGAUCACACAGGAGAAAAGCCCUAUGCGUGCACUGUAUGUGGGAUCUCUUUCACCACUCAGAGGAAGCUUCGUUAUCAUCUGGGAGUUCACACCGGAGAAGGGCCCUAUGAGUGUCAUGAAUGUGGGAAAUCUUUUACCUCUCAUUAUGCCCUCCACGACCACGAGAGACUUCAUACAGACAAAAAACCUUAUGAAUGCACAAAAUGUGGGAAAUCGUUCAGAGCAAAUUCUCACCUCAUUGAACACUGGAGAGUUCACACUGGAGAAAAACCUCAUCAGUGUGGAGAAUGUGGGAAGUCUUUUUCAUCGGGCUCUGGCCUCCGUUAUCAUCAGAGUGUUCACACCAGGUUAAGACCUCACGAGUGUAGUGAAUGUGGGAAGUCUUUUAUGCAGAGACAUCAUCUUCUUGCACACCAACGAGUUCACGCAAAAUAAGGGCCUUACGAUUGCAGUGAAUGUUGCAAAAACUUUAAGGAUAGUCCCCAGUCCAAUUAACACUGGAGCAUUCACACUGGAGGUAGGCAUUUCAAAAACGGGGAAACAUUUUUUAGCCAUAGUUCUUACCUUUUUAUUUUAUAUUUUUUUAAAUCCUCACUGGAGGAUAUUUUUCCAUUGAUUUUUAGAGAGAGUGGAAGAGAGAAGCAAAGAGAGAAAAUCAGUGUGAGAGAAACACAUCCGUUGGUUGCCUACUACAUGAGCCCUAACCAGGCCAGGCCAGGGAGGAGCCUGCAACUGAGGUACAUGACCUUGACCUGAAUGAAACCCAGGACCCUGUGGUUCACAGGCCGACGCUCUACCCACCGAGCCAAACUGGUAGGGCGAAAAUAAGAGUUUUGUGUAUGCCUGUAGCAAUGAUCACCCCAAGGCCAUUGUAAGUUAAAAGAAAACUGUCUAGGGAUAUGGCUCUUGUGAUCCAGCCAGCACUCCUGAGUGAAGUAAAAAUAUCCUUUAUAACCAGCCAAUAUUUUUUGCCACUGAGGCAACACCCUCAGAUGGCAAUAGGAGAAAUACGGUGGUGUCCAUAUAAGAUUACCAAACCUAUAUCUUUUUAAAAUAUAUAAAUAUAUUUUUUUGUAUUCAUUUCAGAGAGGAAGGGAGAGGAAGAUAGAAAC